UCGAUUGAGGAGUACAAGCGCGAUAACGGAGUUGUUCGAAUAAUGUGACGUUUCGAGCGUGCCUUGUGACCCUUUGGAUUUGUUUUUUUUUUUCAAGUAAAUUUGUAUCGAUGAUUGUGAAUACGUCGCAGCAAAAAGGUGAACUAUUCGAAUCUGGCAGCAGCAUGCCGCCAAAUUCCGAGGAAACAGUGAGGAUGGGUCGGUUUCCGUUCAUGGACGAAACAAUGAAUAAGGAAAAGCAGCGUCCCCCGAUCUACAACCCCGAAGACUACGCCAUCUUGUUGAAGAAGUGGGGCAAAAAGUCGGCCAACGGCUUGAUUUCUCUGUACAGCAACUCCAGUACGUCUGAAAUGGAAUGUAACAGGUCCCAAGGCUCUUUCAGGGACUACAGGAACCCGAUGCUGACCUCUUCCGGUUCAGAAAUGACCCUGAGGCAGUUUGGCACCGUUUCUGAGCUACUGGCCAAGCUAAAGUCAGACUUAAGGCUGGCCUAUCCCAG